CUUUCCACUUCUCUCUCUCUCCUCUUUCCCUUUCCUCUGGUUAGGGUUAGGGUUUUCGUGUUCCUUCUCUUCCGCUUCCCCAGGAGCAGAAAUCGGGUAGAGAGCGAGGUUUUUGAGGGAGUUUUGACGGAUCCGAGAUGGGAUCGGAGGCGGCCGCCGUCGUCCCGACCUCGCUGGUGCAGGAGAGCUUCGCGGAGCUGGAGAAGCAGCGGGAGCUCAUCACCUGCUGCACGCUGCUCUGGAAGGAGCUCUCCGACCACUUCUCCACUCUCGAGCGAGGGAUCGAGAUCAAGUCCGAAGCCCUCCGGUCGAAGCGCGAGUCUCUCGACGGCUCCACCCGGCGCACCCUCGACUCGCUCCGCCGCCGCGAGCUCUCCAUCGAUGGCGCCGUCGACCUGGCCCUCGCCAAGCUAGACGAGCGCCGCACGGCCGCAGUCCAGGCCCUUGCGGCCUCCUCCGCUGAGGCCAACGAGCUCGAUCUCGCCGGAAAGCUGCGAUCCUUUUGCACGAAGAUGGAUUUCGGUGCAUUUUUCGACCUCGUGGUCGCCAAAAGGAAGGAGGUGGAGCUUCUUCGCUCGCAACUCCCGGCAGCCCUCGAGGACUGCAUCGAUCCAGCCAAAUUUGUUAUCGAUGCGAUCUCUGAGGUAUUCCCUGUCGAUAAGAGGCCGGUAAAGUCACCAAAUGAUUUGGGGUGGGCCUGCGUGUUGAUUUUGGAGUCGCUGGUGCCGGUCCUGGCGGAUCCGGAGCUGGGAUCGGCGAGGCCAUUGGUGACUCGUAGCAUAAGGGAGCGGGCCAGGGAGAUGGCAACGGGGUGGAAGGAGGGGCUGGAGCAGCACGGAGGGAUCGAGAGCGUGAAGCCACCCGAUGCACACACGUUUCUCCAACACGUGGUGACUUUUGGAGUCAUAGAGAAGGACGACAAGAACCUAUACAGGAGGCUUGUGGUUAGUUUUGCAUGGAGGAGGCAGAUGCCAAAGCUGGCUAUUUCUUUAGGGCUCGAGGAUAGUAUGGAAGAUAUUAUUGAAGAAUUAAUUAGUACAGGACAUCAGCUAGAUGCCAUAAACUUUGCUUAUGAGGCUGGCCUUCAGGACAAGUUCCCUCCUAUUCCAUUGCUAAAAUCCUUCCUUGAAGAUUCAAAGAAAGCAACUUCGACUUCAGAGGAUCGCAACAAUUAUGGGCAAACUGCAAAUACCACGUGCCGCAAGGAGCUGUCGGUUAUUAGGGCUGCCAUGAAAUGUAUUCAAGAACACAAGCUUGAAGCUGAGUUUCCACUGGAUAGCCUCCAGAAGCGACUUGAAAACUUGGAGAAGGCCAAAGUGGAGAAGAAAAAGCCUUCCGGUGCUGGUCCUGCCAACAAGCGGACCCGAGCCAAUAAUGGGGGACCGAUGCCACCUGCCAAGGCUGGUCGUCUCACAAACAAUGCCUGUGUCUCCUCCUUCCCUGCUGGUCCUGCCUAUGUACGAUCGCCGUCAGCCCACACCACCUACCCAGCAGCAGCUCUGUAUCCUUAUGAUAGGCCAUCAGGACAUGGAAUCUAUGGCAGCAGGAGCCCACCAGCUCUCAGGGAACCCUAUGGAUACCCAACCGAAGAAGCAGCCCCUGUUGCACUUGGUGCCUCGUACCCCACACCACCUAUGACCUAUCCAGCCUAUGGAGCUUACCACAACGGUUUGGGAGGUUACAACAAUGGACUGGCGCCAGGGUAUCAGCAGGCUUACUACAGGUAAAAUAGGUACCAAGACUCAGACAAGGUUGACCUGUGGUCGGAUGAUAUAGUUACUAAUAAUUCUCGGUUAUUCGAUUGUGUCCUAUUUUGUAGUGACUAACUAAAAAUGUAGAAUGUGUGUGUGCUUGCUAGAUGGCUUGCUUUUAGUUUCUUGUUUAGAUCAGCUGUAUUCUGCUUUAACCUGCUGCAUGUAAAUUAUUAUAUUCGACAAAAAUUGCAUUAUGCUUAAUCCCUUAUUGCUGAACAAAUUUUAUAUUU